AUGCCAUUCGGAUUGACUAAUGCUCCAGCCACAUUUUGCACCCUAAUGAACCAAGUCUUCCAAGAGUAUAUUAAUGAAUUCGUAGUGGUCUACUUGGACGACAUCGUGGUAUAUAGAAAAACAUUGGAGGAGCACCUGGAGCACCUGUGGAAGGUCCUAGCCAGACUACGGGAGCACGAAUUAUAUGUGAAGCUAUCCAAGUGCUCCUUUGCCCAAAAACAGAUUGACUUUCUCGGACAUGUCAACGAGGAAGGGCAGAUCAAGAUGGACCAACAAAAGAUUCAGGUUGUCACAGAUUGGCCGCCGCUUAAGGAUAUCCACACCUUGAGGGUGUUCCUUGGCCUAUGCAAUUUUUGUUGGCAGUUUUUGAAGAACUACUCUCUCAUUCCAGUGUCAUUGACAGAACUCCUAAAGAAAGCCACGCCUUGGGAUUGGGGUCCCAGACGGAUGCCUCUAACUAUGCUAAGGCGGAGUCUUGCUACAAGAGGGGCAUCCAGUGGCGUACGAGAGCCGGAAGUUAAAGGAUGUAGAAUGGCACUAUGCUGCCCACGAAAAAGAAUUAUUGGUUGUCGUCCAUUGCUUACGCCUAUGGAGGCACUAUCUGCUGGGAACUCCGUGAAAGGGAACCGAUUUUAUGUUCCUAAAGGAGGUGAUUUGCAAAGGACUCUUCUGAUGGAAUGCCAUGAUACUUUGUGGGCCGGCCACCCAGGUGAAGAACGCAUGAUAAGUAGGGAUUUUGACUACUUAUUAGCGCCUUUUAGCUUUCGCUUAGCCCAAAGGCGUGCACAAAAGCUCAAAGUGCAGACCGUAGAAUAUCAUCUGCGGCCGCAGAUUGUGAAGGCAAGCUUAUCAGAGACAAGUGCAGAAUGCGGUCCGCACAUGAAAUGUGCGGCCGCAGAAGCUAAGCAAGAUCAAAAGUUCAGAAAGUUCUCAUUUCAAGCUAAAAAGAAGAGUGAAAUUGGACGAGAUCAACACACCAUGGCAUUAUUGCGCCGUGCUUAUUAUUGGCCUCAAAUGGCUGAUGAUGUUGCGCAGUAUGUGAAGACUUGCCUAGUAUGCCAGAAAGAUAAGUCAGACCGCUUGACACAAGCGGGACUUUUGGAGCCAUUGCUUGUUCCAAAGAGACCCUGGAAAAGUGUUUCACUGGAUUUUAUCACUGGAUUGCCCAAGUAUGCUACAUUUAUAGUAGCCCCAAAAUAUAUAUCAACAGAAGAUACAACUCAACUCUUCUUCUCUCAUGUUGUCAAAUAUUGGGGUCUGCCUAAAGACAUCGUUAGUGAUCGCGACUCUCGCUUCACUAGCAACUUUUUGACUCAGCUCUUUAAGUGCCUCGGGUCAAAGUUGAGCCACAGUUCAAGUUUUCAUCCGCAAUCUGAUGGCCAGACGGAGCGGUUCAAUGGCAUGCUGGAGGAAUACCACCGUCAUUUUGUUACCGGAUUGCAGAAGAAUUGA